UCGGUAUCAUGAGAGUGGUCCAAUAACCAUUUUAGUAGGAAGCCUGGGACGUUGACUGUUUGUUAAAAUGGGCAAAAAUAAAGGGGGACGGCAUCAACCACCGCAGACACGCCAGAGGAAACAAAAACAAUCGGAAAGCAAUGACGAUCUUGAAAAGCAAAAUAAAACAGGGACAAAACCUAACCUUGGUAGAAAGAAUAAAAAUGAUCAAUCACAGAAUAAUAAAAUGAUAAUUUGGACUAUUGUAUUCGUAUUGGUAAUAUCAGGUGCAACUGUUUACAUGCGCUACCAAAUGUACCUACAGGAGCUAGUUGUUACCCCACUCAAUGUACCAAAAAUGAUUUCACAGAAUGUGUCAACUUCUAUGGUUAACCCUGAAAAGUUUUGGGGAACCUAUCGAUCGAAUCUAUAUUUUGGCCUUAAAACACGUUCUCCAACAUCCCCUGUGGUAGGAUUGAUGUGGUUAGAGCAGUCAGGAAGUUUGGAGAUUCGGCAUUGGUGUAGUCAGGAUGACAGAUUGCCACAGUAUGGAUGGCUCAAACAUGAUGGGACAAAUUUUGGUAUCCAAGAUGUAGUAGAGAAACAUUUCAAUGUAACAACAUCUUUUGUCAAACAGCCAGGAGGAGAACAUGGUGGGGACUGGACAGCUCGUAUUUCAGCAAUUCCCAAAGAUGUCAACAGACCUGUUUUAGUAUCUCUCAUGUUUUAUAUUGCCUUAGAUGGACAAGGCACACUGAAUUCGAACAUAGCGAGGAACAGGAUGGAGGUAGUCAGCGGACAAUCUCUUGAGCUUGGCAACUUUAAGUUGUCAUUCCCAAAAGCCAGGAAAGGUGUAGGAGUUAAAUACAACCAUCUUAUCUCAUAUGCGUCUAGGCUUGACAAGCUUAAAGAUUUAUUACAAAAUUCUCUGAGGACUGAUAGCUUUGAUAAAGGAAGAACAGUUCCGUACCUUACUUUAGCAGGGCGUCUACUUCCAAGGGAUAGCCCAAGUCCAAAUUUUAUGGUCCACCAGGUUACAGCACAAUUACCAUUAGAAAUGGAGGUUGUGUUUGAAUCAGGGAGCAAUUAUGAUCGCCAUGAUUCCCUCCAAGGUGAAUUGUACACACACAAACUUGAAAAAUUCUCAAAAAGUUUUGACAAUAGAUUCUCUGAAGUUUUCAAUUUGGAAAAUAAAAGAUACAAUGAACAUGAAAUUGCUUUUGCAAAAGCUGCACUGAGCAAUAUGAUAGGCAGCAUUGGAUAUUUUUAUGGCUCUUCCAUAGUCCAAUCAAAGUACAACAAAGAGCCUGUUUCUUAUUGGCCUGCUCCUCUAUACACAGCAGUACCUUCCAGAUCCUUCUUUCCAAGAGGAUUUUUGUGGGAUGAGGGUUUCCACAAUCUUCUUAUAAGUCAGUGGGAUCCUAAUAUAGCAAAAGAUAUUAUUGCUCACUGGUUGGAUUUACUUAAUGUUGAAGGAUGGAUUCCAAGAGAGCAGAUUCUUGGUGUAGAGGCCAGAGCCAGAGUUCCAGAUGAGUUUGUAGUUCAGAGAAAUGAGAAUGCCAAUCCACCGACUUUAUUUUUACCACUUCAACGUUUAAUCAAAGACAUGAUAACCAGCCAUGAUCCACUGGACAAACAGUUCUUGAAAACAGUGUUUCCUAGAUUGCAAAAGUGGUUUAGUUGGUUUAACACAACACAAGUAGGAAGUGAGCCUUUGACUUACUACUGGAGAGGGAGAGAUGAUAAGACAAAUAAAGAAUUAAAUCCUAAAACUCUAACAUCUGGCUUGGAUGACUAUCCUCGAGCAUCUCACCCUAACACAAAGGAAAGACAUGUAGAUCUAAGGUGCUGGAUGGCUUUGGCUUCAGGAAUUCUUGCCGACAUUGCAAAGGAGCUUGGAGAGAAUGGGAAGGAAUAUGAGGCUACACACAAGGUUCUGACUGAUAAUGGUCUCCUGGACAAACUGCACUGGUCACCAAAAAAAGAACGUUACUGUGAUUAUGGACUCCAUUCAGAUCGAGUUCUUCUAGUGAAACCAAAACCACCAAAAAAUUUACAGCCAGGACAACCCUUCAAUCAAGAGAAGAUCAGGGAGGUGAAGACACCUCCCCAGAUGCAGUUUGUUGAGUCUUUUGGAUAUGUUUCUCUAUUUCCGCUAAUGUUAAGAAUAGUAGAGCCAAGCUCUUUAAAACUUUAUAAAAUUUUGAGUGAUCUCACUAAUACAGAAUUGCUGUGGACUAAUUAUGGACUUCGAUCUCUAGCUAGGAAUGCUCCUCAAUAUCAAAAAAGAAACACAGAACAUGACCCUCCAUAUUGGAGAGGGGCUAUCUGGAUCAAUAUGAACUACCUUACUCUAAGUGCUUUGCAUCACUAUUCGAACACUCCUGGUCCAUAUCAACAGUUAGCACAGGGAAUAUAUAAGGAUUUGCGUGCAAAUAUAGUCAAUAAUAUAAUAAAAGAAUAUUAUAGGACAGGCUACAUUUAUGAACAGUAUAAUGAUAAAACAGGUGAGGGUAAAGGAAGUCAUCCAUUUACAGGAUGGUCAGCUCUGGUUGUACUAAUAAUGGCAGAAAAAUAUUAGUCAUUCAAAUUUAUUUUAAUCAAUGUGUUCAAAGAUUUUUUUUUUAAAUAAUGUCUCAGUUGAAAGCAAUCUUAUUAAAUUAGAUUUGAUAUCCCCUCAUACACUCACUACACAGUGAAGUGAUGGUAUGACAUAGGAUCAAAUACUUAAUUUUAAGCAUAUUGCAAUUGAAAGCAAAUAUUUGUGAAUGAUAUGACUUCUCUAAUUAUGAGAAGCUAUAUGUUGGUUAACUUGGUUUUUAAAUCUGCUACCUCUGUAAACCAGUUUUCAUCUUUGACCACUCAUGUUUUGUACCCAUAAUUUUUAUAAGCAUUAUUUGAUGCAUGUUGAUUGAAAGAAUGCCGGCAACUUUCAGAGAUAGUGAGUUGUAUUUGUUAUAGUGAAGACUGUGGGUUAAAUAAUUAUGUAAUGUGUAAUUGGCAUGCCAUUUAAAUCUGUUAAUUUGUUUUAAAUCAUAAAUUAUUUCAUUUCAUAGAUUAUUUACAGGUACAUACAUGUAUAGCAGUAAUCAUUCAUUUGUCAACUGAAAGUCCAUUGUGUAAAUGCAGAUGAAAUGAAAAAGUUGCUCAAUUUUUAGAAAUUUGAUGUUAUUUCUACAAAAGAGAUAUUUUUAGAAUAAAAAGACUUCUAGGUUAUAGCACAUCACCUUUUUUGUUACAUUGUACUUGGCAACUUUUUGAUAUUAUUUUAGCCCUACAUUACUUUACUGGAGCCCUGAUUUAAAUAAAUCUGAAGUUACGAAACUUU